UUUUGGUUUCCCACGCGCUCAUUUGGUUUGGCUCUUCAAAAAAUAAAAAAAAAACGCGCGCGCGCCCUUAAACAGAUCAAGUGAAUUGAAUUGGAAUCCAAUUGGAUACAUUGGUUGUAUAGAAUUAUCAGGACCAGAUUGGCCAUAUUGAAAAAACAGAACAAAACAGUGUUGGCUUGUAGGAAUUCUAUAUUAAUGCGCCAUGAUCUCGCCAUAUUGUAACAUUUUACAUCUCUGAGGGAGGAUAAGUGUGUUAUAUUGCUGUUCGGUCUUUCUAGAUAGAGAAAUUUGGAAAAAACAAACUAGCAUACAUGUUCACAAGUUAUAUACAUAUAAAACAUUAAAAGAGCUACAAAAGUGAAACAAAUAAUUAUUACUCAUUUUAAAAGUAUUGUUGUUUAAUUAUGGAUCCAAAUUUGUUUGAUAUAAACGAAAAUGAUAUCAUUACAAUUCCAAAUGAAAAGGAGCCAAUCAACGACGCUAAAGAACAAGAACAAGAAACGCCCAAGAAACCAUUUUCCCUCUGGCAGGGUAUAAAACAAAUUUACUUUGAAUAUUGUGCCAAUACAUCAAUCCAUGGGGUGCAAUAUUUGGGUGAACGUCGUCCGUGGAAGGAGAAGUUAUUUUGGAUUUCAGUGUUUUUUGUAUCGAUUUGCUGUUGUACGAAUUUAAUACAAAACAUCUACGAGAAAUGGACCGAAACGCCGGUCAUUGUGAGUUUUUCGGAAAAGUCAACACCCGUAUGGAGUAUACCAUUUCCAGCUGUAACCAUAUGCUCGGAGACGAAGAGAACAGUGCGUAAUGAUGGUCCAUCCUAUAUGCAAUUGCUAAACAAAUUAAAAUCUGAUCUCGCCGAGGGCAAUGAAUUUCGUCCACAAAUAAACUCAACCGAAUUUCAAGAAUUUCUUACCCUGCUUCACAUAUGCAAUACCCAAAUUAUAGAUGAUGGAAUUGAACGUUUAGCCCAUCAUCCGCUCGACUAUAUUGGAAUACUGAAUAAAAUGUUACCGAAUUUCUCCCAACACUAUUUCUAUUGCAAAUGGUUUAGUCAUUUUAGUGAAUGCGAUCAGUUGUUUACCAAAUCCUAUACCGAAGAGGGCAUUUGUUAUACCUUCAAUGGUUUGAAUGGCACCGAUUUGUAUCGAGAAAAUACCGUACAAUAUCAGCAAAUGGGUUUGGAGAGUGCGGUAAAACAUUCCAAAAUUGUUAAUCGUACACUGAGUUGGUCUUUGGAGCAGGGAUAUGCGUCGAAUAGCGGUUUAAAUACCUAUCCGGCAAGAGUCUUGAGUGCCGGGGCCAGAGCAGGUCUGUUCAUUGUCCUGCAAAGUUUCAAAGAAGAGCUGGACUAUGGAUGUCGUGGCCCCAUUCAAGGCUUCAAGGUUUUACUCCACGCACCCGACGAUGUUCCCUUGGUGUCCAAGCAAUUUGUACGCAUACCCAUGGGCAAAGAGAUUUUAAUUGCAGUCAAACCAAAUAUGAUUACCACCUCAGCGGGAAUUGCCGAAUAUGAACCAAAUCGCCGGCAAUGUUAUAUGAUCAGUGAGCGAUCGCUGAAAUUUUUUAAAAUUUAUUCCCAAAACAACUGUGAAUUGGAAUGUUUGGCAAAUUAUACGCUCAAGAUGUGUGGUUGUGUUAAAUUUUCCAUGCCACGAACACCUGAUACGCCCGUGUGUGGUGAAGAUAAAAUCCAUUGUUAUGAUCGCGCGGAGGAUAGUCUCUUGUUGAGAGAAUUUUCCGAGGGACUAAAGGACAUACUCAACGAAGAUCGUAUUGAAACGGAGUGUAAUUGUAUGCCGGCCUGUACUUCGUUGGAUUAUAAUACCGAAAUUUCACAAGCUAAUUUUGAUUUGUACGAUAUGUUGAAGGCCACCGGAAAUGAGGAUUAUUUGAAAGAUAAUCCUGGCUCACAGAUGUCACGCUUAUCAAUCUAUUUUAAAGAAAAUCAAUUUAUUACCUCCAAACGUUCAGAGUUAUAUGGCGUAACAGAUUUUCUUGCCAAUUGUGGCGGUAUUUUUGGAUUGUUUAUGGGCUUCUCCAUUUUAAGUAUGGUUGAGAUGAUCUAUCAUUUUUCGUUGCGUUUAUGGUCGAAUAUGAGGCAACAUAAGUAGGGAUCUUUGUAUUGUUUAAGAAUUGUGUAAAUAGUUGUAAAUUGAAAGUUAAAAGAAAUUUGUUAAUAGUUUUUAUCGUUCGUAGGAAAAAAUAUAGUCGUUACAUAAUUGUUAUUUAUUUUUAAAAAUUUUCGUACAUCCUUAGUCCAUAAGUUGUAAUUAUUUGUAAAUUUAUAUAUAUAUGAUUUUUAAUUUUUCUUUGUUUUUUAUUUUUGUUUUACAUUAAAAAAAUAUUUAAAAUUUUAAAAGAAUAUUUCUUUUCUAAAAAAAUCUUGUUUUAUAUAUUACAGUUUUAUUUCCAGUACUGUCUUAAUAGUAUAAAUAUUUACAUCUACAAUUAUAGCCCUACUACUCCUUCAAGAAGAUUUUUCAAAAUAAAGAAAAUUACGCCUCUAAUAAAAUUCCGAAAACAUCUGUACACAAUCCCUUA